AUGAGCUCAAAUGGGAGCGAGAGCACUCUGGCAGCCCCCCAGCCUCCAAAAUCUGGAGUGAGGACGGUCUUGCAGUACACCGGUAUUCCUCCGUCAUGGCUUGACAAACGUCCCCGUCUACCAUCUCGCAACUGGCUCAUCUUCCUCUCCGUCACUUCUACUGUCGCGGGCUACUACAUCUACGACCGCCAACAGUGCAAGAAGAUCCGUCAGGAGUAUGUCGAGAAGGUCAAGGAUCUUGCCGAGCAGCCCAUGGGCAGCAUGGAGCUCCCUCGUCUGGUCACCGUCUAUGGCGCGAAAUGGGUGGGAGACCAGGAGUAUGAACGAAGCAUGCGGUACUUCCGGAAGUACGUCAAGCCCAUCUUAGUCGCGGCUGCCAUCGACUAUGACAUGGUCAAGGGUCGCCGUCACGGGGAUAUUGCGCGCCAUGUCGAGGACAAGGUCCGCAGGGAGCGCCGGAUUAUGGCCGGACUGGAACAGCUCGCUACCGGGCCCUUGCCUCUUCCUGGGAGCACGUUCGAGGAGAAACGUCAGCGCGAGCUCGAUGGCGGGGUCGUCAUCGUCGGCCGGCAUACUCUUAAAGAGUUCAUGGCAGGCUUGAAGCGCGGCUGGUCAGACGGGCUCCAGCCAGUCGACAGGGAAGAGCUGCUCGCGCGCGCUCUGGAGAACGACGGCAAGUUCGACGAGCCCGAGACUGAGCUCGCUGCGGAGACUCCUGUCGGAGACGGCGAGCCUAUACCUACGCCUUCCCGGAUCCCCUCUUCGAACGCGUUCUCGAUACUCAACAAUCCGGCCCUCCGUGCGCCUCCACCACCCAAGGCGGCGGAGUCCAUCCCCCACCACCUCAAUGCGCCUCCCGCCGAGAUUCCUCCCCAACCCCCCAUGCUCUUGACCCCCUUCACCAACUACAUCGGCCUCACCCAGAUCCCGCUUAUGAUCUGGGACUUCUUUAAUGAGCGCUACAAGGUCGCGGAGGGCGCGGAGGCGGCUUAUAAGCUCAUCCGAGGCAACUCGCGGCCAUUUACCGCGCCUCCAGCGGAUGCGUUUGUCGUUCAGGCUGGUGAUGGCGACGCAGCAGAGCCCUCAAAACCGUACCAGGCCGAGCUCUCGCCAACAGAUCUCGACUUCGACCUAGAGUCGGAGUCGUACUACAAGAAAAACGUUGUGCGGGACUUCCUUUCGGAGAUCGAGAGUGCGAGGAAGGGGUACUACACGUCUCUGGCAACGAAGCUUGAGAUCGCGCGCGCCCUUUCUCGCGGGACGCGGGAGCCAACGAAGGAGGAGAAGGCGAACCCGCCGCCGACGGAGGUCGAGCUACGCGCGGAGCGCUUGAAGAAGGAGCUGCGGUGGACGGCAGACGAGGAGGGGUGGGAUAUUGUCAGGCCGGACAAGGACGUUCAGUGGGAUGAGCGAUUCCGGAACAGGCUUCGUGUAUACAUUGACCCCUUCCCGGAGGAAGAUGCCGGCUCUAAGUCGACCGCCUCAUAA